AUGUUUUUGGGUCCUCUUAUCUUCCUGGCUGCGCUAGCUCUUGUCCAUCACCCCCUGAUGGUCAGUGACCACACAGACUCGGCCACGCUGAACCGCCUCCAGGAGCACGAGAAGCUGCUGAAAAAUGAAAUGGGGCGCUUGCAGGUAGAACUUGACCAGAUGGGCUGGAGCUGGAAUCCCAAACAGAGCCGGGAGGAUUGGGUUACAACUGACCUGGCAGCAGAAGAUGGAACCUGGGAUGGGUGGCACUACGUGGGACUGAUCAUUCUCAUCCUCUUUGGGUGCUGUAGACACAGCAUGGAAAAGGAGCCCAAUUACGACUCCAGCACAGACAGCUCCAGCACGACCACCAACGAAGACUACGACGAUACUGACAUGGAACCCGAAUCUUAUGAACCCAAGCAAAAACUGCUGGCGGCUUUUUACGACCACUACCUUGAGGUGGAAACUAGCGAUCUGAGCAGCAUGUGCGAUUUUGUCGAGUCCUUUGUGAAUGACUUGCUGGAGGUGUGCCGGUCUGCCCUUCCCUACCAGAAUACCUUUCCUCUGCUGGAGAACUGCAUCGGAGUGGACAGCGCCUUUGAAGGAUGGCACACGAAGGUCUCCAAACCAUUCAGUGUACUGGUGCCUAUACUGCCACCCAAGGGACACUCCUUCCAUAUUGAAACAAGCGACUCUGAGGGUGCGCCGAGCAAACAUGGGCACAUUUUGGUGGAGAUGGAGUGCAUGUGCAAGAGAGAGAGGCUACUGGGGGACGUGGUCUGCUUCCUUCACCACCCAGAACAAGAAGUCAGCAAAGACAAGCAAGGAGCCUUCCUGAUGCAUGUUUUGUGCACCAGCUCCCACUUGGAUGUGGAAAAAACCAUCCAAUGGUUCCAGAGUCUGGUGGACAAAGCCUGGGAUAGUAUCUAUCAGAAGUACAACCUUGAUCUCCUGCCCCAGCCUUCCAACACAACAUGCCGUCUGAAAUUGGCAUUUCGGUCUGGCAGGUCGAUCUCGAUCGACAUCAUACUUGGGGUGCAGCAAGGAGACUCCUUGGUCUUCCUGGCCACCCGAGAUGCCGAGAGAGAUCGUUUAACCGGCACGGUGUGGCAGCGGACCUUUGUCAUUCAGGAGCUGCUCUUUUUCAAAUGGGUGAGCCAGCGGGCCCCCGAGGAGAGCUGCCACCUGAAAUGUCUCCAGAUCCUCAUCUAUUUCAGAGAGUCCCGCCCACUUGAUAAGAAUGCAGUGCUCACCAACUAUCACUACAAGACAUGCCUGAUGCACCUCUUGCUCCUUCAGCCCCUGUCGGAUUGGGAGCCCGAGAACGUUGGGUCAAGACUUCAGGACAUCCUCUUGUUCAUGCAUACUGCCCUGCGGGAGAAAUACCUUGAACACUUCCUGAUUGGGAACAUCUCCUUGCCUAUCCAGAUCCCUAUACCCAAGGCCCUCCGCAGCGCUGCCCCCUUGAACCUUUUUGAGCACUUGACACAGGACUCCAGACUUCACCCCGAAGCAAUGAAGGAGUUUGUGGAGGUUGUAGAACAAGUGAGGGCUCUGUUGUCAGAGCAUGAAGAGUAG